AUGUCAUUCCUCUAUGUGCAUAAGGAUAGCGACUUUCCUAUCCAAAAUCUACCAUACGGCAUCUUUACAUCGCAGGAUAACGCACGUCCUCGCGUAGGUGUUGCCAUUGGAGAGCAUGUCCUCGAUCUCAGCGUGGUACAAAAUCUAUUUACGGGUCCUAUCAUGAGCAAAAAUGCUGCUGUAUUUAACGAGUCGUCUCUGAAUUCAUUUAUGGGAUUGGGCCGCGAUGCUUGGAAAGAAGCUAGAGCAACUAUUCAACGACUUCUUGCUGCAAAUGAAGGGAUUAUCCGUGAUGAUGGUAAACUUCGAUCAAAAUGCUUAUACUCUAUGGCUGACGUCCAGCUUCAUUUGCCAUCUCGUAUCGGCGACUAUACAGACUUUUAUUCUUCUCGUGAACAUGCAACCAAUGUUGGUACGAUGUUUCGUGGAAAAGAAAAUGCUUUAAUGCCGAACUGGGUGCAUUUGCCUGUUGGCUACCAUGGACGUGCUUCAUCUGUUGUCGUUUCGGGUACCCCUAUUCGAAGACCAUGUGGGCAAACUAGGCCAGACGAAACUAAGCCACCUGUAUUUGGAGCCUGUAGGUUGCUAGAUAUCGAACUAGAAAUGGCAAGUCCUGGUAAUAAACUUGGUGAGCCUAUUCCAUCAGCAAAGGCGGACGAUCAUAUCUUCGGAAUGGUUUUGAUGAAUGAUUGGAGUGCUAGGGAUAUCCAAAAAUGGGAAUAUGUUCCUCUUGGCCCUUUCUUAGGCAAGAAUUUUGGAACUACAAUUUCACCAUGGGUUGUCACAAUGGAGGCACUUGAGCCUUUCAAAUGCCAAAAUGUGCAGCAGGAUCCUCAGCCAUUACCCUAUUUAUGUCAUGAUGAUCCUUAUAGCUUUGAUAUCAACUUGUCGGUCUCUUUGAAUGUUGACGGAUUAUCCGAUCCAGCUGUCAUCUGUCGAUCUAAUCCGAAGUACUUGUAUUGGACAAUGAAACAACAACUUGCUCAUCAUACUAUAACUGGAUGUAACAUUCAACCUGGGGAUUUACUCGCAUCAGGCACCAUAAGCGGAACUACUCCGGACUCGUUAGGCUCGUUACUAGAGCUUAGCUGGAAGGGAACCAAACCAUUAGAUCUUGGUAAUGGCAUAACGCGCAAAUUCUUACAAGAUGGAGAUGAAGUCAUUAUAAAUGGACGUUGUGAAGGAGAUGGUUACCAUAUUGGAUUUGGAGAUUGCCGUGGAAAGAUUUUGCCAGCAAUAAUUUAG